GGCAAAACCCUUCUCAGGGGACAUUGUUUAGGGCGACACAAUUUUUGACAGAAGAACUCCCGAUUCGCCUCGCGCACAGGGUAAAGGAAUUGGACGAGUUACCUCAUAACCUGAGCAGUAUGCCAUCAAUAAUUAAAGUAAAAAAUUGGUAUGCUCAAUCUUUUGAGGAACUCGUGUCAUUUGCAAAACCCAAGUUUUCACCGGAGGUAAAGAAAAGGCUUUUAGAAGAUCCAGGGGAAAUCACAGAGUUACCGGAAAACAAACCCAACCUAGCGGUUAACUCAACCCCCGGAACACCUCGAAAGUCGGUUUCGCUUCGUCACAGAUACUAUGCACACGUCGAAGACAUGGAUUGGCCACCGGAAGUUCGCGUUUAUAAUGAAAAGUUUACAAAGUUAAUCGAAGAAAUUAAGAAACGGCAUGAUCCA